UGUGUUGGAAGGACUGCAGGCAGCUCCCUGUCCCAGGCUUCAUUUUCUGUGCAACAUCCACACUGCUGGCAUCAAGAGCAGGAACAGGGAAGCUGCAAUGAUUCUGAUUCUCUGGUGCUUGAGGAAUAUCGAUGUGGCCAUUCACACCACUGGCUGGACAGCUCUACAACAUCAGAACAUUCUAGGCCACUUUCCGGUUGCCACAGCUGGGAAGGUAGAACUGAAGAAGGCAACACAAUGAGGGCAUCAAACAAAAAAAUGUCAAACAACUCUAGCAAUCCAGCUGAAAGGGAAACUGAUGAGGUGGUCCUGAGGAGGAGACAAAAACAGAUCAAUUUUGGCAAGAAUACCCUGGCAUAUGACAGAUACAUUAAAGAAGUUCCAAAGAACCAGCGACUUCCAGGAGUUCACCCCACAACUCCCAACAAGUUCAAGAAGUACAGCCGCAGGUCCUGGGACCGGCAGAUCAAGCUGUGGAAGAUUGCACUGCAUGCCUGGGAUCCUCCUGCUGAGGAAACCUGGGAUCUACAGCCCGUUAGUACAGAACCUUCAUGUAGUUCCCAGGAAUGGAAAGAUGAGGAUGUUCCUGGCUCCUUUGUGUUUGAGGAAAAACAGAAGAGAAAUGAGUGUGAAGAUGAAUGCAGACAGACUGCCUGCACACCUGAGAGUUCCUGUUCUCCCAAUUCUUCUCCAGUCUGGAAACGCAGAAGAAGAAACAAUUCUGACUCCUCUGUGGUUUCAGAGAGCAAAAAUCAUUAUCUGCAGAUGUACCACACACUGGAAAGCCUUACUGACUCAGGACAUGAGGAUGCUUUUUCAAAGUGCUCCAAGUGGGAAGCCUUUGGUGAAAAAGAUGAAGUAAUGACAGUACAACCAAGUAUAGAAAUAAGUGACUCGAUUCCAGCCAGUUGUUCUUCAGCAUGGAACAAUCCAAAACAGAGGAAAUCCAGCUUCUUUCUGCCUGAUAGCAAUUCUUGCAGAGAUGCAGACUUCAACCUGGAGAGGCUUAAACUUCGUAGCAGUUUACUGGAUGGACAUCAGUCAGAAUUCCCUGACAGAGGAUGGCAAAGUGCAAAUGCUGAAGAUGCAAUACUGAGGAAAAAAAUCUAAAUACCAAGUCUCUCUUUGUAUAUAGAAGUAUUGAAGAAGGAAUUUCUCCUGUGACAGAAAAAGACUUGAAGAAUAGGGAUGUAGUCUGAGAUCAGCAGAUCAAGUCUUGGAAAACUGGUGCUGUCAUGCAGGAUCUGCACUGAAAGAGGAAGAGAUUUACAGUCAGCAUGUGUGCAAUCAACAUGAGGUGAAAUUAUUCAGGUUUCUCCAGAUCUUUAUAAGGGUAGAUUGUUUUCUGCAAGCUGUGCCUCAAGUGUAAAACUCCAGAUUUUGUGAAGCCUGUGCUGCAGUGACUGUGGAUGUUCCUUAAAGCUUUUGUGAGGACAUUCCUGCUGUGCCUCUUGGCAGGUGACAUGUGCAUUAUAUUCCAAAGGCUGCUUCAGGUGAUGGAUCCUGCCAUUCCCUCUGGAGGUCUUGUUCCUCAGGGUGUGCUGAUGUUUCACCAGUGGAUUGGUCCAGUGUCAAGUCAGACUGCAAAUGCAACUCCUCCAACCAAGGAACCUCCUCUGCUCCACUGGACCAGAACUGGGCAUCCAGCCUGAAGAACUGCUUCAAAAGAAUGUAGAUAAUUUCAGCCUUCCUUUACUUCAGCCAGUAAAGACAAGCUGUUCAUAACUUCUGGAUUGGGUGAUCACCCAUCUGGCCUAUUUAUUGUUCUCUGAGAUGUAUUAAGGUGGCAUUUGCCUAAGACAGGUGAGAGAAGAGAAAGGAAAGGUGUGUGGUUUAUCAAAAUCAGAUCCUGUUCUUGAAGGGUUGAGUGACUGUUAGAACAGCAGCACAGCUUAAAUACCUGGAUUUUGCUUUAUGUGUGUUGCAGCCUGACCCAAAGAGCCAGUCUGCAGUUAAAGCGUAGGAGAGGAUACAUUGAGUGCCUGUUCUUCCUACAACUACUGGGGAUAAAUAGCAGUAUUUGCAGGUGUGGAGCUGCUCUUGUCCAGGCUAAGGGUUGUGAUGGUGUUGGGAUAGGCUCUCCUUCUUGCAUUCUGCUAGCACUGUGUGCAGAAGUUUGAAGUGAGAGCUGUGGCUACAGUGGUUUGGACUAAAUUCACGUGCCAGUUACAAGAAUUUUACAGUCCUUGUGUAGCAUGUACUGGGAUAUCAGUGGCUGCUAGAGCUGGGAGUUGUCUCUGCAGGAGUUUGGUUUUGCUUUCCCUUGCUAUGGGGCUGGCAGUAGCCAGGGCCCAGAGCCCAUUGUGCUGCUGAUUUUGAAGUAAGCUGCUUCCUCAGAAACUACUCUCACUCCCAAAAUGUUGUUUCCAGGCAUGCUCAGGCCUUUUUCCCAACACAAGGAUUUAUCAGUCACACAUCACAGAGCACAGAUCAUGUGUGUACAAGGGACACAUCUGUACAGCACUUUUCUAAGAGGUAAUAUUUAGGACCUUGUUGUUCCAGUGUGCAUGUUUCCUUGUGAUUUAUGAUGCUUGUAAAUAAGGGAAUGUGUUACAUUUUUGGCAAUUUGCCUUUAUGCAGAAGAAUUAAAGACUUGAACUUUAAAAAUC